AUGAAAAUCUUGUUGUGUUUAAUAUCGUUCGUUCUUUCGUGUUAUGUUGCCGAAAGUGCACAACCAUAUUUCCCACCUCAAAUUGUCUUUUCUUCAAAUAAUGGUGUAUCAAUAAUGGCAAUUGAUGAAAUUAAUCAACGUGCUUAUUACACGCUUGCUUAUGGUGACUCAGGACGAACAUCAUCCUAUGUUUCGAAGAAACUUCCCUAUACAAUUCCUGAUACACCUGAAUCAAAAUAUUAUGUUCAACUAGUAACAAAUUCUGUUCCUUCCGAUUGCUUUUAUGGUACGUAUUGGAAAUAUGGGGGAAAUGCAUAUAAUUCAUUUCCUGCUCAUUGGUGGGUGAAUCAUACUUCAUUUGAAAUUAAAAGUUAUAAUAUAUUUUCUUAUGAAAUGAAAUAUUCAAAUGAUUCGUCAAGAGCUGAAGAUUAUUGGUUUGCAAAUACAACAUGUUCAGUAGAUAGUGGAGAAAUGUAUCCAUGUCAAGAAAUUUAUUUUCAAAAAAAUACACAAAUUCCUCUUCGAUCAACUGCAGUUAUUCGUCGUGGUUGGAAUGUCAUUCAAGAAACUACACCUUAUCAAAUUAUAUCAGUAGGAGAACCAAUUGAUAAAUAUUUUGAAUCAAUACCAAAAGAUUGGUAUUUAACUUGUCGAGAUCUUAAUCUUGGUCUUUAUUAUAAUCCACAAACAUCAAAGAUAGAUUUAAAUCAAAGUGUAAAAGUAGAAAUUUGGCUCAUUACUCCACCACAUCGAAUCAAUGGAAAUGAUACUGUUCGUAUACAAUGGAAAUCAAAAGAAUGCAGUGAUUGUUUUACAUUUUCGCCAGAAGAAUUAUCUUUCGAUGAUAAAAAUUUUGAAGAAAAACAAAUCUUAACAAUAACUCGUGUUAAAGAUGGUUCUAAAACAACUCUUAUUCCAACUUUUAAUGGUGGAGGUUUUAAUAAUGCUCUUCCUCAGCUUUAUCCAAUUUAUAUUGAAUAA